GGAAAAGUUUCUGCACAGAGCCAGGACUAGGUGAUUUUAUUGAGCUUGCACUUUCUCAUUGUCAGCUUUGGAAAUGGCUGAAGAAUUUGGCAUGCACAAAGAUGAGCAUAACUAUGAAGACAACUAUGAUUACAUCCACAACUGGACAGACCUUGAGUAUUUUCUCAAUCAUACAUUUUCAAAAUGUGAUGUUGAUUUAAAUGAAAAUGUAAAGCAGGCCUUCGUGUUCAUACUUUAUCUCGUUAUAUUUGUUGUGGGUUUGGCUGGAAACCUCCUUGUAUUAUGGGUCAACUGGCAGUCGCAAAGAAGCAAGAGUUCCAUCAAUCUCUAUAUUUUCAACAUGGCAGUUGCAGACCUUGGAGUGGUGUUUACCUUACCUUUUUGGAUGUUAGAAACCAUGCUGGAAUACACUUGGCUGUGGGGUGGGUUCCUGUGCAAGUUUACUCACUACUUCUAUUUCGCCAACAUGUACAGCAGCAUUUACUUCUUGAUGGCUUUAAGUGUCGACCGUUACUUGACUCUAGUGUCCUCAUCCGUUUUCUGGAGGCAAAAUCAACAAAGGAUACGUCGGGCUCUUUGUAUUGGGAUCUGGGUACUAGCUGGUAUUUUCCCUUUACCAGAGGUGGUUCAUAUGAAGCUGAUAGAUCUAGUAGAACCUGUCUGUGUUUUCAUGGCACCACUUGAGUCCUAUGAUGAAUGGGCUAUAGCAGUGAGUCUACUGACUGUUAUUAUAGGGUUUCUGAUUCCCUUCUCUAUAAUCCUUGUUUUUAACCUAAUGACUGCCUAUUACAUUCGUUGUUCUGGAAGACCAGAAAGCCGCAAGCACUGUUGCCUUAUCUACGCCUAUAUAUUGACGUUCCUGUUCAGUUGGCUUCCAUACCACGUGACAUUGUUUGUAUUAACACUGCAUGGGAGCCACAUUUUCCUUCACUGCCAGCUGGUCCAUAUUCUCUAUUUUUUCUAUGAAGUGAUUCAAUGCAUCUCAUUGCUCCACUGUGUGGUAAACCCAAUCCUCUACAACUUCUUCAGCAAGGACUUCAAAGGCAAGUUCAUAAAUGCGGUGGUUAAGUAUAUUCCCAAGGAAAAAAUAACCGGUGAUGGGAAAGCAGAGCAUUCCACUUCCACCACUGACCAUUCCAUAGUAAUUACCAAGGAGGGAGCUUAACAAACCAAUCAUAUGCACCCACUCCCUAUACCAUGAACAGCACAUCCUGGAAGACAGAAUAAUUAUAAUUGCAACAGGUUAUUUGUCGUUUACCAGUUAUAUAAUCCACCAUACUGGGGCUCUAUCUCUUAAUACACGUAUAUGACACAUUAACCACAAUUUCUAGAAACAAUACAUUGAAUCCUGUUAUCUGGAUAAAUAAAGCACAUCCUCCUAAACCAGGUCAAUGACAUCAUGCUAUGGAAAGAGGAAAUGGCUUUACAAUUUCCAACAUUUUCAAUGGGUUUUGUAGUUCAACAAUGCCUGGAAGCAAUCCUCAAGCACCCUCCUUUGCUUAUUAGGCUAAGAGCCAAAUGUAUAGGCUAAUUAACAUAAAGUUGGAAUUACCCUUGUGUACCUCUUUUAUACUGGUUGCCCUGCUAUUUUUUGUUUUAUUAAUUGCAAUGAACAAUGAAUCUAAACCUUUUCUCCAGUAAGUGCAAAGGCUCAAAGCUUAUAUGACCCUUUUACUAUGCAGUUAAGUCAAAAUACUUUUUCAUGUAAAUGUAGAAAUGCAGGGAGUGAAAAACAAAAUUGCUUAUUUUUUUAAAGUAUGUUGAUAAUUGUCAAAUAUUAUAUAUUAGCGUAUCUGUGAUAUUACCUGUAUAUUAUAUAUUUUUUGUUAGUAAUAUAUCAAGCCACUACAGAUUGUUUAAGCUUUUAUAUGAAAAAAACUGAAGUGUUCAUCCAAAUAGGUUUCCCUGCAGUCCGAUGCGAAAUACUUUGGGGCACAUUUACUAUGGGUCGAAUUUACUAUGGGUCGAAUAUCGAGGGUUUAUUAACCCUCAAUAUUCAACCAUCGAAGUUAAAUCCUUCAACUUCGAAUAUCGAAGUCGAAGGAUUUACCGCAUUUACUUCGAUCUAACGAUCGAAGGAAAAAACGUUCGAUCGAACGAUUAAAUCCUUCGAAUCGAAGGAUUUUAAUCCAUCGAUCGAAUGAUUUUCCUUCGAUCAUAAAUUGCUUAGAAAGCCUAUGGGGAAGGUCCCAAAAGACUAACAUUGGUGCUCGGUAGGUUUUAGGUGGCGAAGUAGGUAGUCGAAGUUUUUUUUAAAGAGACAGUACUUCGACUAUCGAAUGGUUGAACGAUUUUUAGUUUGAAUUGUUCAAUUUGAAGUCAUAGUCGAAGGUCGAAGUAACCAAAAAAAAAACUUCGAAAUUCUAAUUAUUUUUCAUUCUAAUCCUUCAUUCGAACUAAGUAAAUGUGCCCCUUUGGGUUCAUUAUCAGUCAGCGACUUAUAAAAACAAUAGGCGGACAGACCAUUAAGAAAUUGGCACCUUUACCAUCUACAGGACCUCCAGAUGGCCAGUCCAGGCCAAGGUGGAUGAAGAUUUUUUUUUUUUUUUUUAUUUAGCAUGGAAAAGUGGAGCUGUGAAUGUGAACUCUACACUAUAAUGGACAAAGUUAACUAUUCUGAUAAAGCAAGGCUACUCAUGUGCUGUGGAUCUGCUCAUCUCUCCUAAAUGUAUUAUACCUGCAUACUGGACACUACAGAGAACUGUGAAUCUAACCACUAUGAAGGGAAUCAAAAAAAUGCCUCACCCUCAUAUGUGACAUACUGUAUAUUACUUAUGCUGUGUGCCGAAUAUACAGUACAUAUCUUUUACAUAUUAAGGGGGUAGUUCACCUUUAAGUUAACUUUUAGUGUGUUAUAGAAUGGCUUAUUCUAAGAAACUUUUCAAUUGACCUUUACUUUGUAUUUUUAGUUUUGAAUUAUUUCUUCUUCUGACUUUUCCAGCUUUCAAAUGGGGGUCACUGACCCCAUCUAAAAAAUGAAAUGCUCUGUAAGGCUACAAAUGUAUUGUUAUUGGUACUUUUUAUUACCCAUCUUUCUAUUCAGGCCCACUCCUACUCAUAUUCCAGUUUCAUAACAAUGAAUGGUUGUUAUGGUAAUUUGGAUCAUAGCAACCAGAUUGCUGCAGUAGCAAACUGGAGAGCUGCUGAAUAAAAAACAAAAUAACUCAAAAUUAGUUAUGUGCGGGUCGAGGAUUUCUUGACCCACACCAGACCCUAAAGCACCCACCUCACAAUCCGCGCCCGGCCCGCAAUGACGUCAUAAAAGGGGCGGCGCAGGAGCGGGUGCAAGUCUAUAUAUUUUGGCGCUGGUGGGGAGAGCAGGAGAAGAGCUCCACCCGCGAUAUUGUGCAGGAGUCGGCCCGAACCCGGCUAACACGUUUGUUUUGGCCUGGCCCUCACAUUACUUCUCAAAACCCAUAAAUAAUAAAAAA